AUGAGCAAUGCUUCAGAGGCCUUAGUGGAUAUCUUCUUGGCUGACAUGGACGGAGAAGAUCCCACUAAUAUCUAUGAUAAGAAGAUCCAGCUGUUUAGAAGAGAAAGCAAUGACCAUGUGGGUGUAAAUCUGCAUAGCUGCAUUCCUCUGCUGAGGCUCGUACUGUCGGCUUUCUAUGGUGCGCUUGGUCAGCGAACCACAGCACUGGUAGCAGGCUCAGUGAGCCAGUGGGCAAAAGCGGCGAGGAAGGCCGUAGCUUCUGGUAAUGGAGAGACACGAUUUGAAGAGGCGGACCAACAGCUAGAGGACGCUCAAAGACAGUAUCGCGGAAAAGAAAUGCCUUUUACCAAGCGAAAAUCAUGCUUCCUCGGUAUUUGA